GAUUGUGAACAUUUUGUUAUUUAUGGCAACAUUAUUUGGGCUGUGCGAGCCGUCAUCAAAAUUCUUCGAUAUUGGAUUUCUUGGUCUUGGAUUUUCGUCACGGACAUUUGGGCAUCCUUAUUACUAUCCUUAGCACGAUAGUUUUGUUAAAAUCAUGGCGGAUCCAAAAGAUGUUAUUAGCAUGAAGUCGUGUCGAAUAUGUUUGACAAACAAGAAACCCCUGUGUCCUCUAUUUCGAUAUAAAUUGUCUGGUAAUUACGCUGAAAUGCUUACCGCCAUUGCAGACGUAAAGGUAUCAUCGAAUGAUGGUUUGCCAGAUAAGAUUUGUAACAAAUGCUGCACUUCGCUGGAGAAAGCAUAUCUCCUUAGGACUGUCGCAGAAAGAUCGGAUAAAAUUCUGAGAAAGGCUGUAGUUAAAAUAAAUGAAAAUGUUCCAACUAAAAAGAUAGCAUUUGACUCUUUUACUGAUAUAAAAAGUGAGAUAGCACCGCUAGCCGUCAAAUCUGAGCCAAAAUGGGAAAUGGAAAUAGAAGUUCUUGACACCUUCAAUGCACCGAAACCCAUGGACCCCAUAGAUGGCAAGGACAUAGUCAUAGCCAACACUGUGAUCAGGAAAGUUGAACCGGGCUCUGAGGAACCUAAAAAAGAAACCUCGGAGGAUGUCGACCUGACAUGGACCAAGACAAAAUCAAACAAUUAUGAUGCAGAAUACCUGGAUGAUGAUUUCUUCCAAGAUGAUGAUGAUGAUGAUUAUGUGCCACCCAAAGAGAAACUGAAAACUAAAUUCAAGAAACCAAAGUUGUCUGACAUCAAAGUUUUCAAGGAAAAGAAAAAAACUAUUGUUAGAAAACUGAAAGUUCUAUCAAAGUCUGACAGCUUUGAAACCUUUCAGAGCCCUAGUGAUGAUGGCAAAGGCAAGACUGCAACAACUAUUACAUGCUAUCCGAUAAUGAAGAACGGCUCCCGCGGACCACCGAUCCUCCUCAAGCGGCCAAAAGACGCGACGAUCCUCAAGGUGCACCCCAACUACAAGCCCAGAGCAGAAGCCACGCGGCUCGUCCGGCGCGACAAGCCCGUCCGCAUGGUCCGCUCGGCCAAACCCGUGGUCAAACAGAGGGAGAAGAUGGUGUGUCCUGUCUGCGGGAUUCUCACUUACACUCUUGGCAACCACAUUGCUACGCAUCAAGAGAAAAAACGCUACUCCUGCAGUCAAUGCACGCGAUCAUUCGCGCAGAAGGCGAACCUGCAAGUACAUCAGAAGCAGCACACGGGCGUGAAGGACCACAUAUGCGAAGUCUGCGGCGCUGGCUUCUACAGCCAGAAGUCACUAGUCAGGCACAAUCUAAUCCACAAAGGCGAGAGGCCCUACCCGUGCACGCUGUGCAAUAAGAGGUUCAUUGCACUUGCCGGUUUGAACCGGCACAUGAGGACACACACGGGCGACAAGCGGUUCAAAUGCGAUAUCUGCGACCGCACGUUCAUACAGAGCCAUCAUUUGACGAAUCAUACGCUCUCGCAUACGGGGGACAAGCCUUUUACGUGCCAGGUAUGCAACGUGUGCUUCAGCUACAAAGUGAACCUGAACAACCACGUGUACAAGGUGCACGGCAUCAACCUGAAGUUCAAGUCCAUCCACACGGUGACGGAGGAGAUCCUGCGCCGCGAGAUGGGGCUCGCCGGCGAGGCGCGCGCCGCCAUCGCGCACAUCCUGCCCGCGCUGGACCAGCCGCAGGAACAGGUGCAAGUCGAUUAUGCAGUCGCACACUAGCCAAACAAACGGUUUUAACACAUUCAGCGCCAAGAACCCGACUGUCGGGUACACUGUUCGUAGCAACUACGCGCUCCAUACGGCAAAGACGUGGCUACGCGCUACGAGCGUGACCCGUAGCACUUAGUGGCAAUGAAUGUGUUAAGGAAAGACUAGGGAGAUGGAAAAGAACAAUACUUGUAAUUUAACCUUACCGUGUUAAUGUUGCCAUGGUCCAAAAUGUCAGAAGAAUUAUGGUAACUUUUUUCUAGAAAUGUCAUUCCACUAAGGCAGCGGUCGGCAACCUGCGGCCCGCGGGCCGCAUGCGGCUCGCUAAACUGUCACUUGCAGCCCGAGAGGCGCCUUGGCUAUUUUGUAUGUAAUAGUGACAAACGACAAUGUCUCAUAAAGUCAUAAAUAUUAACAAAGUACGGCCCGCGUCACCUCCGUUAACUACUAUUGGCCCUUGGCUGCUAAAAGGUUGCCGACCGCUGCACUAAGGGAUUAAAACUUUAAAAAAAUAUGUAAACAGGCAACAUUGUAUGUUUACGGCAUUGCAUUGGCUGAAUUUAUAGUAGUAUGACGUUUAUGUUGAUAGAGUCAGUCUUAAUAACAAAACUUCCGUGAGACACAGACAUAUUAAAUAUAUUAAAAACGGGUCACUCACGUAUUUUAAGUCGAAAAACGCUCGACAUGUUUCACUCCGUACCGAGGAGUGUCAUCAGGAGCUUGCGUUUACGGUGACGGAGAGUCAGUCUUAGCUAACUUUGCACUGCCUUGAAUGGAACAAAAUGAGGGAAUGUUAUAAAAACCGUAACAAUUUUGACAUUAACGUUAACGUUGCCACAUACAAAAUACUACUUGUAAUUUAGAGUUAGAUCAAGAAAAGUCUGCUGCGAUUUUUAUAGCCCACUCAUUGCAAGUGUUAUUUUAAACGUCAAACUUCUAUGAAAUAAUGACGUAUAAAUAACACUUGCACCGCGCGUAGUAGAGAUCUACUAGUCAGUUUAUGAGUUUACAUUAGUUUAACCCUUUAACGGUUUGACGUCUCUUUAACCUUUUAAACGCCACAGACAGCAAUUGACGUCAACGCAAAAUCGUGACAACGACGCCAAAGACGGCAUUUGACGUCGAUCGUUUUUCGAUGAAAAUUACUGAAAAACACCCCACUUUUAGGUUGGCAUUAUACUUAUUACUCUUAAUAUCUAAUAAAGAGUCCGUCUGAGUUUAAGACUGCAGGGGGAUUGAGUAAACACUUUCAAUUUCUUUUGAAUGUGACAGAAGUCACAGAUGGAUUAUUUUAAUUUGGAUUUGACAUCAUGUUAUGUUUUUUUUUAAUGUUAAACUUUGCGUGUUAGCAAUAUUAUGUCGCUCCUGACUUAGCUUAGGCGGACUCUAUCAUUUAUUGGAUUCCCAACAGAUGCGAUCACGAGGUUUUGUUUUUUUUUUACAUAGUUGUCCAUAAGAUCCUAAUGCCUAGGCCACGAACGCCCCAAAACAAUUUGUUCGGCGUCGACUGAAUUUGCUCAGCGAGUGGUUUUCGUGAGCCUCGGGUAAGGAAGCUGAAUUUUGUUCAGUAAUGAGAUUUAAGUUGGAAUAAAGUUGUGUAUGUUAAUACUGUGAACGUAAUAAUGAAGAAGCGUGUAUUAAAGUUUAUUGUAAUUUUUAA